GGGUAAAAAAGGCACUGGAAAAAAGGCACCAGGAAAUCACUAUACUAGGUAAAAAAGGCACUGGAAAAAAAGGCACCAGGAAAUCUCUAGGUGAAAAAUUCAUUUGGGGUGCCCCCCCCCUUGCAUUUCUAUAUGUGUAAUGUGCUAUGUGUAAUGUGCUUCCAAGUCUUUCUCACCAAUAAAACUGCAAUGAGACUCAUCAAGAAUGUUUUUCUAGAUGUCAAUAGCCACUCUUGUGAUAAACUAUUGUAUCUUGUAGAAAUAGGUUGGUGAGGAACCCUAAAUCUAAUUUGAUUAAACUACUGGACCAAAUCGGAUGAUCUUUGUAUCAUUUUUUAUAAGGAUUCCCUGCCUAUCCAAGCUAGUUUUUCUGGUCGGAGGGUACUGAAAAUAGGCUGUUCCGUUUUUUUGGACCACCCAGUAUUCUGUUGAUGUAGAAAAAAACUACACAUAGAAAUGCACAUAGAAAUUUUUAUUUUUAUUUUUUAUCUAUGUAGUAGAGAUUUCUCAGAGAUUUCCCAUACAUUUUUUCUGGUGCCAUUUUUCCAUUGCCUUUUUUUCCAGUGCCUUUUUUACCCAGUGCCAUUUUUCCUGGUGCCUUUUUUCCAGUGCCUUUUUUACCUAGUGCCUUUUUCCUAGUGCCUUUUUCCUAGUGCCUUUUUUACCUAGUGCCUUUUUCCUAGUGCCUUUUUUCCAGUGCCUUUUUUACCUAGUGCCUUUUUUCUGUUCCUUUUUUCCAGUGCCUUUGUUACCUACAUUCCUUUGGACAAUAAUGGCAUAACCUACCUAUAAAUGACUCCUCUACAUUACGGACACCAACGCCCAGUCCCAUGGGUAUCCGCAUUAGAAAGGUUGUACUGUAAUUGGCCAUUAUCCAGUAGUGCAAUCAGAUUCCAUAAACUCUUUUUCUCUUUUACAGUUUUAUACAAGUUUUACGGUACCGCCUCGCUAUCGGAUUUGCCAUCUACCUCAACACCUGUUGGUUUUAUUAUACAUCAGGUCAAAUAUAUAUGGCAGCAUUAAUAAUACAUGUAAUCAGUAUGUAAUGCUUGGCCUAAUGACGUAGUCCCUUUUAUAAUAUGCAUCGUUAGAAUAAAUUCAUCCUUUGAUGGCUUUGUAAUAAAUAGUUCAGUGAAGUGCGGGUCAACUUUCAUCCAGUUUACCAUUCCAAAAGUUGGCCGAGUGGUGUGCCAACACGGUUCUCCUUGGUGUUAAAGCAGCUAACUGACCUAUUUGUUUUAUAAACUUUGAAUUGUGACCGGUCACUUCCUUCCUACUUGACGAGAGAUAGAAUAAGGUAUUCUCUUCGUACUAGUAGAAAGUCAGAAGAGAAUGAAGAGGAUUAUUCAACCAUUGGGAAGAUAUUUGUCACACAGUAGAGUGUCUCAGUGCAGAAAUUUGUCGACCUCGGCUUCGAAGUUGCAGGAAACGAAUAAUGUUUCGUUGAACACUGCGGAGGUAUAUGAACCUUGGGAGCACACGCCGGUUUGGUCAUGUAACGAGUGGGAUCCCCUCGAGGAGGUGAUAGUCGGGAGGAUAGACAAUGCCGUGUGGCCUACUAUGGGCUCAGAAAUAAAGGCGCUAUUUAAUAAAAUGGAUUCCUGGCCCCUCUUCCAAAAAAAUGCUGGUCAGCCAUUCCCAAAGAAAUUUAUGGAUGAAGCAGAGAAAGAGAUAAAUGAAUUGGUUCAUAUUCUUGAGCAAGAAGGUGUUAAAGUGCGGCGUCCUGAUUUGGUGGAUCAUGGGAAGACAUUCGAGACACCGGACUUCAAGGCUUCAGGGAUGUAUUGUGCAAUGCCACGUGACAUCUUGAUGGUGGUAGGAAACGAGAUUAUCGAAGCUCCGAUGGCGUGGCGAUCGCGUUUCUUCGAAUACCGAGGCUAUCGGACAUUGAUGAAAGAGUAUUUCAGAGGCGGCGCCCAGUGGACCACUGCCCCCAAACCCCUCAUGUCCGAUGAAUUGUAUGACAAGGAUUGGGAUCAAAGUCAAGGACUCGCCGCUCAAGGGAAAUUCGUUACGACCGAGUUUGAACCAUGUUUUGAUGCGGCGGACUUCAUGCGCGCUGGAAGAGACAUAUUUGCACAGAAAAGUCAUACGACAAACGACAUGGGAAUAGACUGGGUAGAGCGCCACCUUGCGCCGAAGGAUAUUCGCAUCCAUCGCGUUGCGUUCAACGAUCCCAACCCCAUGCAUAUAGAUGCCACUUUCUCCAUCAUCGGACCAGGUUUAGCUGUUUUGAACCCAGAUUGUUCGUUCCAGCGGAAGGAGCAUAAGGAGAUGUUUGAUCGGGCGGGUUGGAAGAUAGUCGAAGCCGCGAGGCCAGUCUUGAAAGGGCACCCUCUGUGGUUCUCCUCAAACUGGCUGUCGAUGAACACGUUGAUGCUGGACGAGAAGAGAGUGAUCUGCGCUAAGGAAGAGGUACCAACUCAGAAAAUGUUUGAGAAGUUAGGAAUUAAAUGCAUAACUCUGGACAUCAAACAUGCGAACUCUUUCGACGGGGGCUUCCAUUGUUGGACCUGUGACGUCAGGCGCCGUGGAGUGAUGGAGUCGUAUUUUCAUCUGCCUGAUCAACACUGAUGGAAAUGCGUCAAUGUAAAACGUAAUCAACAC